AUGGCAGAUCUCAGUUCAAAGUAUUUCGAUAUGAUGAAAGAUUGCCUUUAUACUGACGCUGUCGACUCACAGCAACGCCAAGGUGUCCAGACAGUGUUGUACGAGAUUCUCAAGGUUUAUGUUGGCAUGCUUGCACCUAUACAGCCUAUAUUGGUCCAAGAGGUGUGGGAUGAAUUUUCUCAAAUCGACCAUAAUUUACCAGAAUCUCCAUUUCUUGCUGAAUGGAACAAGACAUUUGCUCUUCCAGAACACUUUGUCUCGAGUGAAAUCGAAGAAGAAUUCAGGCAAAUUUACGGCCUCAGAGACCACAUCUACCGAAGAUUGGAAGACAUUCGCACCAAUAUGGAAGUCAAGAAUAAGCUUGAAUUGCAAAUUUUCAUCAGUGGAAGUGGUCAAUUGUACGAUACUUUGACCCAGCUUCAAGCACACCUAGACAAUUAUAUGCUAGUGUCCAAAGUAACUUUGGGUAAAGAUACAGACACUAUAAUUGAUCAAAGUGAAUACGAUGGUUUAAUGGUGAAAAUUAGCAAAUGUACCGACCAUAAAUGUCCAAGAUGCUGGAAAUACGUUGCACCGAAAGAGGAUAGUCUUUGCCAAAGAUGUGACAAGGUUGUCCACUGUAAAUAG